UAUCCCGAGCGAGCUCAAGCUUCCCCGGGGCUCCGGUCUCUGUGAGCUUUACCCAAUAAGAUUGGAGAGACGGCGGGCUGUCAACAUUCCUAUCGCCCCUCUCUCUCUCCCCCCGUCGCCCACCCCUUCGGUCUGCAGUUCGCACAGUUCAUCGCCCCGGUUUAUCUCGCGCAGUCUGCUAUCAGCGCUCGCAGACUCCAAUGGAAAAACGGAGAGGCGCGUGUUUCACAGCCCUGCCUGAACGCAAAACGUGGGGAGAAAAAGUGGAAAAGUUGGCACUCUUGCUGAUCAAAUUGCACCUCACCGAGACUUCAUCUGUUCUCAAGAGGAGGUGAAAAAAAGAAAAGAAAGCGCUCUCUGAACCUGCCGUCUGGCUUGGAUUAUUUCUGCUGCGGUUGCCAGAUCUCGGGGAAUACUUUUAUAUGGCACACGCUAAUAUCCGGGCAGAUACAUGAUAUCCGUCCGCGCAUCGUCCGCACGGAACUCCGUACAUCUGUCCGGCUAUCAGAAAUCCAAACUUCAGCAGGUCCUCGCAGACCUAAACGUUCUUUACACCAAUUUCCUACAGUACAGAAUCGUGUUUUCUUAUCACCGCUGGAGGACACGCUCAACUAUGUUUGGCUGCGGUAAAGUUAUUGGGUCGCCCCGGAUUCUCAACAGAUCUACCGCUGCUCCCGGAGGCUCAGGAUUAAGACACAUAAUCAGAAACAGCACAGGCUCAUCCUAUGGUCCCCGUGCGUCCUCGAGGUUGUGCUGCGCGUUCCUGUUACUCCUGCUCAUCCUCACGCCGCGCGUGGACUCGUCCUGGUGGUAUAUUGGAGCCCUUGGUGCACGUGUGAUCUGUGACAAUAUUCCCGGGUUGGUGAAUAAACAGAGACAGUUGUGUCAGAAGUAUCCAGACAUCAUGCAGUCGAUCGGUGGCGGGGCUAAAGAGUGGAUUCGAGAGUGCCAGCAUCAAUUCCGCCAUCACCGCUGGAACUGCAGCGCCCUGGACAGAGACCAUACUGUUUUUGGAAGAGUCAUACAGCGCAGCAGUCGUGAGGCGGCGUUCGUAUAUGCGAUCUCCUCGGCGGGAGUGGUUUUCGCCAUUACCCGUGCCUGCAGUCAGGGGGAGCUAAAGUCGUGCAACUGUGACCCUCACAAGCGUGGCCGGGCCAGCGACGAACGAGGGGAGUUUGACUGGGGUGGCUGCAGUGACAACAUCAACUAUGGGAUAAAGUUCGCCAAAGCCUUCGUAGAUGCAAAAGAGCGAACUGUGAAAGAUGCAAGAGCACUCAUGAACCUUCAUAACAACCGCUGUGGCAGAAUGGCUGUAAAACGGUUUAUGAAGCUGGAGUGUAAAUGUCAUGGAGUCAGUGGGUCAUGCACUCUGAGAACCUGCUGGUUGGCAAUGUCAGAUUUCCGUAAAACAGGAGAUUACCUUCGCAAAAAAUACAACGGAGCCAUCGAGGUCACCAUGAACCAAGAUGGGACAGGAUUCACAGUAGCCAAUAAAGACUUCAGGAAAGCCACAAAAAAUGACUUGGUGUACUUCGAAACCUCACCUGAUUACUGCCUCAUGGACAAAGCUGCAGGUUCAUUGGGAACUGCUGGUCGGGUCUGUAACAAGACAUCCCGGGGAACCGACGGCUGCGAGGUCAUGUGUUGCGGACGGGGCUACGACACCACACGCGUAAAACGCAUCACCAAGUGUGAGUGUAAGUUUAAGUGGUGUUGCGCUGUUGAGUGCAAAGACUGCGAGGAGGCUGUCGACAUUCACACCUGCAAAGCUCCUAAACGUGCCGAAUGGCUGGACCAGACCUGAGACAAGCCCACUUCCUCCCGUUCCUCAGGAUUUUGUCCACGGCAAUCUGGGAUAUGAAGUCCAUCCCUUGCGAUUUGUACCCCUCCCCCAAUUCCUAUUCUUUGUUGCAUGGCUUUAUUUGAACUUAUUUUGUGAAAGCACUACAACUGAAAUCUACAUUUCUCAUGAGCGCCUUGCACACUUUGCCUGAUAUGGCAGAUGUAUCUCUCUUUCUUCUUCUCUCUCUUUUGUUGUUGUUGUUGUUUUGAAUUGAUCGGAGGACGGUAAAGGUUUAGGAUUCAAGAACAACCUGUGCUGUAAUGUAUAUAUACGUGUAUAUAUAUAUAUAUAUAUAUAUAUAUGUAUAUGUAUAUAUAUACAUAUAUACAGUAUAUAUAUAUAUAUAUAUAUAUAUAUAUAUAUAUACAGUAUAUUGUUUAGUUUUUGAUGUGAGAGUUUUGUUCUAUGAGUGUUGUUUGUGACAAAAGGUGUGCUGCUUUUAAAAUGAUAUUUUAAACUGACUCUGAGCCUAUCAGAUAUUAUCCUGGCCAAUAGCUGAAUAUGUACAUCACAUGUUAUCGACAACACAGCCGUGUACUUCACAUUCAUCACGUGCCCAUACUGGACUACAGCAUUUUACUCUGACUAUUGGUACGGAAUAUAACAGAACGAAAGAGGCUGGUCAGAGGGACUCGAGAGGACAAAAUGGAUGACAGCUAUGUGGGCUGCUCACUCCACAUGGAGCCCUAGUUUCUCUGGAAGCUACAGAGGCGUUUGGAAGGGUUAGAUGUAAUAUUAAUAAUAUAAAUGAGCAUGCACUAAGGACAUUAGCUAACAGUUGAGCGUAAAUGACAUGUUAUUAUGAAACUCAUCAUUGCCUGUGUAAACAAGAAGAAUGGUGUUAACAGCUGUAACUGGUAGAGGUGUAAGCUCUUAUUAGCUCUCCUGUGCUGUGGUACUUGUUAACUGUGUAAUUAUUUUUUCAGCAAAAGUUCAUAUAAAGACAUUAAUUAAGA